AUGUUAAAACUUACAACUCACAGUGAAUUAUAAAAAAGAAAGAAAAUGAUCAUUGGAAUGCAUUUAGUUGAUCCUUCUGAUAGAUAUCACUAUUUUAACACUAUCGGAACAACCAAUUAAAUAAAAUAGUUACCAAGCUUCAUAAGUUAAUAAAAUAAAUACGAACAUCUUACUCCUAGAUAGAUGAUGACUUUAUCUGUAACACCCAAUAGUAAAUGUCCUUCUUUUUUCGAAUCGAAUUAAUUGUUAUUCUCAAAAUAAAUUAGCAUAACUCCAAGAAUUAAGUUAGUAAAAUUGCAAACAAAACCAGUAUUGAUGUAAAUAAAAACACAAAUAAUGGACAAAAAAGGAAAUGAAUCAUUUAAACUCAAAGAGAAAAUUCCUAAUCCAAGUAAUAAAAAACAGAAGGAUUUGAAAAAAAAAAUCUUGUUAGAAUUAGCUUAACCUUCAGACUUUGAUGAUUUCGUUGAUUAUGUAUGUAAUAAAAAGUUAAUAUGA